AUGAAGAUGCUCGUCAUUGACUCUAGCUCAACAUUUAAUACCAUCAUCUCAGACAUCUUAACCAGGAAACAACAAGAUGUAGACCUCUCCAUCUCCACCUGCACAUGGAUCAAAGACUUCCUCACAAACCGCCUGCAGAGAGUUAAAAUUGGCCCUCACAUCUCCUCCUCCAUCACACUAAGCUUUGGCGAACCCCAAUGUUGUGUUCUCCUCCUCUUGUACUCCUUAUACACAUACGACUGCACACCAGCCCACUCGUCCAACACCAUAACCAAAUUCGAUGAUGACACAACUGUCCUCGGCCUCAUCGCUGGGGAAGAUGAGUCAGCAUAUAGGGACGAGAUUCAGAGACUUUACGAUUUGGGUCCAUACAAGCAGUUUGAGAUCAUCGUCACAGAUGCUCCAUUCACCUCAAAUCCAAAUGUGACUGUCAGACCUGCCCCACCACCACCACCAACAACAACAACAAAAACAACGACACAGAGUUUCACAAGAAGCUCUGCAUCUUCAUCAUCUUCCACUGAACCCACUGAACAGUCUGAUGGAGGUUCAGGUGUGCCGCUGUACGUGGGUCUGACUCUGUACUUCUUCGUGCUCCUGUUCUCCGUGGCUGUGCUGAUACUCUGCAAGAAAAGAGCCUCUAAACCCAAAGAACAUCCUGAGGAAACACAGUGUGCUAAUGUCACAGAGACCAGACGGAUGUAUGAGGAGAUCAGAGAGGAUCAGAGCAGAUCUCCUUCAGUCCAAACCUUUGCUGUGUAUAGCGUAGCCACUGCCUCAGCAUCCCGUCCUCUGAGCAAAACUGAAGAUGAGUGGAGUGAAGUCGUCUAUACUUUCCAACAGAGCAGCCUCCUCACUCAGCAGCGCCCCCUCUGGUCAGGCCGAUAACGUUAUCUACUCUGCACCUCGAAGACGCACUGAUGCCAAAGUAGAUUCACAGCCUCUGUACUCAACUGUUACUCCACGGCAGAAGCUUUAAUGCUGCUGACAUCCUGUUUCCUCCAGCAUGCUUCAGGUUAAGACUUUUACUACUUCAGUCAACCUAAAAGAAGCUUGAGGAGUAAGAAUGGAUUUUAAUGUCUGUGGAUGAUAACUGUGAGUUUACAUAAUAAUGAUGAUCCACUUUGAAUGUUUCUGCUUACAUCUGUAUUUUAUGGCGUAGUUGAUGUAUCUCCAUUUGACUCUGUCACUUCAUUAGUAGUGGCGCUGCUAAUGUAGAGGACUCAGGCAAAACUUUUUAAUUCCCACUGUAUAACAAUAAUUUCCAAAUCAGUUUUAGAGUAACAUUGAAGUUAAAGCGUUAACAAAAUUAAGAUGAUGAUGAUGAAGAUGAUUUGACUGAUAGCAUAGCAUU